GAUGAGCGGGGAGAGGCACCGCGCCGUGGGCUGGAAGAGAAACCCGCAGAGAGUGAAGUGACCCCGCGCUGCCCCACGGCAUGCACCGCGCCAGCCGUCUGCAACCGGAGAGCCACGAUAAGGACCCGUUUGUGCUUCUAUCUGCUCGGACCAUCUCGCUCCCGUUGUUCGUGUUUACGCGGUGAAGCGCUGCAGGAGUUCAUGUUGACACGCUUUUCGCUCCAACAGCUGUGGAACUGCGGCGCGAGCGGCUGUGUGACUCUCAUUUGAGGACUUAUUUUGUCCGUCUUGUUAGCCGGGAGACUUUUUAACUGAGAUGCAUCACUGGAAUGUGAAGAUAGUUGUUUAAUCCCAGCAGAAUAAUCUCCCAUCAGGACUUUAUAUGCCAGGAAAGUUUCAUACAUAAGAUAGCAUGGAGGGCUCACCUCUGAAGGUUGUGAUUUCACUGUGGUGCCAGCUCGUCAUCGCGGCGUCCAGUCUGGAGAUCAGCUCUUACGACUUCGAGAGGGGGAGACCAGCCAAGUGUGAGCCCAUCAUCAUCCCGAUGUGCCAGGGCAUCGGAUACAACCUCACCCGGAUGCCCAACUUCAUGGACCAUGACAGCCAGAAGGAGGCUGCCAUCAAACUGAAUGAAUUUGCGCCGCUGGUGGAGUACGGUUGUGACGUCCACUUGCGCUUCUUCCUCUGCUCCCUCUACGCGCCCAUGUGCACCGACCAGGUGUCCACCUCCAUCCCUGCCUGCAGGCCCAUGUGUGAACAGGCCCGUCAGAAGUGCUCCCCCAUCAUGGAGAAGUUUAACUACGCCUGGCCUGAUUCUCUGGACUGCUCCAAACUGCCCACCAGGAACGACCCGAACGCGUUGUGCAUGGAGGCUCCAGAGAACGACACCAAGCCUGAGACUAAGAAAGGGGAAGGCAUGCUGCCGGUGCCUCCUCGACCCAGGCAGCCCGGCUCAGGAACUGGGCGCCCAGGGGGCCCUGUGGGGGCCUGCGAGAACCCGGAAAAGUUCCAGUACGUGGAGAAGAGUGAGUCUUGCGCCCCACGCUGCUCCUCAGCCGUUGACGUCUUCUGGUCAAGGCAGGACAAGGACUUUGCUUUCAUCUGGAUGGCCGUGUGGUCCACGCUGUGCUUCGUUUCCACAGCUUUCACGGUCCUCACCUUCCUCCUGGACCCACAUCGCUUCCAGUACCCUGAGAGGCCCAUCAUCUUCCUCUCCAUGUGCUACAACGUUUACUCGGUAGCCUUCAUAAUCCGCUCGGUCGCUGGAGCGGAGAACAUUGCAUGCGACCGCGAGAAUGGGGAGCUGUAUAUCAUCCAAGAGGGGCUUGAGAGCACGGGCUGCACCAUAGUCUUCCUCAUCCUCUACUAUUUUGGCAUGGCCAGCUCCAUCUGGUGGGUCAUCCUCACGCUCACCUGGUUCCUGGCUGCGGGCAAAAAAUGGGGCCACGAGGCCAUCGAGUCCCACAGCAGCUACUUCCACAUGGCUGCCUGGGGCAUCCCUGCACUGAAGACCAUCGUCAUCCUUACCAUGAGGAAGGUGGCGGGCGAUGAGCUGACGGGCCUGUGCUAUGUAGGCAGCAUGGACGUGGGGGCACUGACGGGCUUUGUCCUGGUGCCCCUGUCCUUCUACCUGGUAGUCGGGACGUCCUUCGUCCUCACUGGCUUUGUGGCGCUCUUCCACAUCCGGAAGGUCAUGAAGACAGAGGGCACCAACACGGAGAAGCUGGAGAAGCUCAUGGUCAAGAUCGGCAUCUAUUCCGUCCUCUACACUGUCCCGGCAACCUGUGUCAUCGUCUGCUACUUCUAUGAGCGUCUCAACAUGGACUACUGGAAGUUCCGUGGCCUGGAGAGCAAGUGCAUCACCUUCCCGGGCCGCAGGAACGAGGACUGCAGCCUAGAGGCCUCCGUGCCCGCUGUGGCGGUCUUCAUGUUGAAGAUUUUCAUGUCACUGGUGGUGGGCAUCACCAGCGGGGUGUGGGUGUGGAGCUCCAAGACCCUGCAGACCUGGCAGGGCCUGUGCAGCCGCAAGCUGGCAGACAGGACUAGCAGGAAGCACUGUAGUGGAGGGAGCUGUAGCAGCACCCACUGCCAUUACAAAGCCCCUGCCGUGGUACUGCACAUGUCCAAGACUGACCCUUACUCAGACAGCCCCACGCAUGUAUGAGAAGAACUGGAGCGAGUGCGUAUGUUUGUGUGCGAAAUGGAGAGAGUGACCUCAUCUGUAACGUACUGUAUGGACUUACACUACACCUCCCUGUGCGUACAACACUUUGCGAAAGCAGGCACAGUUUUGAAGGACAGUUUGUGUGAGAAAUUUGUGGAAUACAGACAAGCAGAAAGCCAAAAGUUGCUGCUUAAAGCACACAGAGUGGACUGAUAAUCAGUGUUUUACACGUAAAGGGAAUGCUUUGGGUUUCCCAGAGAUUAAGCCAAGUCCUGGAUCCAGCAGAUAUAUUCCAGGACUAGGCCUAAUCGCUAACAAACCAACCCAACAUGUUCAUUAUUGCUCGCUGCAGAAGUGCAGACUUCACAUAUGCAGUCAUACGUUCAAAAAACAAAAAGGACCUGCAUGGGGGUACGAGCGUAAGACAUGUUCCUGUCCGGAUUUAGCUCAGUUCAUGGCAUUUAUGUGUUUAAAUGUUCUUAUUUAUUGUGUACAUAAAUAUAUAUAAAUAUAUUUAAUUUAGUUCGGUCAUUGUUUCUCACAGAAUAGUAUUGAAUGGCCCCUGUCUCUGUAAACAAGCUAUCAGUGGGCCAAAGAGAAAGAGAAAAAGUGCCUUUUUUUUUUGGAAAAGAUAAUAAAAUGU